CUUGCGAGAACAGACUCACAUCACCUUCAACCUAUAUCGAUACACAAAUCGAGAACAAACCCCAAGACAUUGACCAUCCAUGAUCUCAUCUAUAGCAAUCAGUCGAACCACGCCGACUUCAAAGAGGGCGGCUGUUCAUGUGUUCAAAGCCGCCAAUGGCUCUAGAUCCGUUAGAUGUCGUUCGUCUUUCAUUGUAGCACGACACUUCUCAUCCUCACCGAAUAGCCCUAAGAUGGACGUAUUCUUCGAACAGAGAGAGACUGAGAAGGUUCGCAAGACACCAGCUGCAUGGUCACAUCCAGCCUAUUCCAAAGAGGAAAUGGAAAACGUCGUCGUUGCGCAUCGCGAGGCCAAGACCAUGUCAGACAAACUGGCGCUCAUCGCCGUCAAAACCAUGCGAUGGGGACUCGACACAGCAACAGGAUACAAGCAUGAGAAAGCUGUAGCUCUGCACCAGAAGGACCCGGUAGCCGCACAACGCAAGUACGGUAUGACGGCGAAGAAGUACAUGAUCAGAAAUGUCUUCCUCGAAAGCAUUGCUGGUGUGCCUGGAAUGGUUGCCGGCAUGAUAAGGCAUCUGAACUCAAUGAGGAGGAUGAAGCGCGACAAUGGGUGGAUCGAGACCUUGCUCGAGGAGAGCUACAACGAGCGAAUGCAUCUCCUGGUGUUCCUGAAAAUGCAGCAGCCAGGACCAUUCAUGCGCUUCAUGGUACUUGCAGCGCAGGGCGUCUGGUGCAACGCAAUGUUCUUCGCCUACCUCAUUAGCCCCCGCAUUGUGCACCGUCUUGUCGGAUAUCUCGAAGAGGAAGCUGUCUAUACCUACACACGCCAGAUCAAGGACCUCGACGCAGGUCGCUUGCCCGAAUGGGAGAAACUACAAGCCCCUCAGAUUGCCAUCGACUAUUGGAAGAUGCCCGAGGGUAACCGGACGAUGCGCGAUCUGCUUCUCUACAUUCGCGCAGAUGAGAGUAAGCACCGCGAAGUCAACCAUACCUUUGGUAAUCUCGAUCAGAAAGAGGACCCCAACCCUUUCGUGAGCGAGUACAAGGACCCGGAGAAGCCGCACCCCAGCAAAGGCCUUGAGCAUCCAAAGCCAACUGGCUGGGAACGCCACGAGAUUAUUUGAGUUGACGUUACAUAUUUCUCUACUAUCCUCUUUGUCAGUGUUUCCUACCUCAUGACAUAGCGUUUACUUUUCUCCACUCUCCAAAAGUAUUUCGGGCGUUCAUCGGAGUUGAAUCGACAGUAGACCGCGAUACCCUACGGUGGACAAGUAUGUACCUAGUUUCGUCGCCUCUCGUGGGUACAAUGAAUAGCGACGGGACGGAUGAUCCGGACCCGCAUUUGCCUCACAAAA